AUGUCGUCUGCUGUAGCAGAACUGGAUAACUAUCUCCAGUCUAUGCUUGCACUCAAGCCUCCGGGUGUUUCAGGCUCUAAGAUCAACAGUAUAACAUCACUUUGCACUGCCAACGUUCAGAAUGAAUCCGUUCUUAUCCAGAAGAUCUACACACACUUCAAGAAAGCACCAGGAACACACAAGUUGGGCGUACUCUAUGUCGUAGACUCUGUAACUCGACAGUGGGUAGAAGCAGCGCGCAAAGCAGGGCAGCCAUCCGGUAGUGCUGCCCCUGAUGGGACCUUCGCCGCUGGUGUCAACAGAGUGACUGAGCUGUUACCCGUCCUGAUGACUGACAUCAUAAACAACGCUCCUGAAGACCAAAAGGAAAAAAUCAAGAAACUGGUCGACAUCUGGGAACGUGGAUACACUUUCCCUGCCCCUAUGUUGGCAUCAUUCAAGGAGAAACUAAACGCCCCUCCAUCGCAAAAUGUCGAAUCUACCACCCCCGAAGGGUCGCCUGCGCCGAAUUACAUGCCACUGGGAGCUCCGCAGCCACCAUCAGUGAACGGCGCGCCUUCGACCAUUCCCGCACAACAGGCCCCGGAUACCUCCAGUAUUCUGAAAGCCUUAGCCGAUAUGGCCAAGCAAAACACCGCAGCCCCCGCAGCAUCGGCUGUGGCGGCGCAUACUAACCCUCUUAAUGCGUUAAACCAGCAGAGCACGGUUCCGCAGCCCGCGUCAUCGUCCGUAGACCAGGCUUCACAACCCCAGAAUGGGCAGGCUGGUGUAAACCCCUAUGCUGCUGGAAGCAUGGCGACGCCGUUCGCGGGCUUGAGUAAUAUGGCUCAGAACCCAGCACUGGUGCAGCCGCAGACUCAGAGCCAGAGCCACACCCCCAACCCAUUGACUGCCGCGCAAAAUCCACUGGCGGCGCUACUGCCGCAGGCGACUGCAGCUCCGGCUAUGCCGACUGCGAUAGGGCCGGAUGCGCUGCAGCAGCAGCUCCAGCUUCUACAAAUGCUGGCUGCCCAAGGCAUUCCGCAAGACCAGUGGGCGACGGCGCUGCAGAUCCUGAGUCUGUCGAAUGCGGCCAACAUGGGCGGGCUCAACCCCGGCCAGGCUCCCCCGUUCAACCUGCCGGGCCAGAAUGUUGCCGGCAGCAACAACAGCAACAACGCUUGGGGCGCCCGUCCCGACUCGCAGUCACGUGAAUUUGACCGCGACCGCGACUACGUGCGCUCUCCUCCCGGCCAGUAUCGCCGCCGCUCUCGCUCCCCCGGCUGGGACCGACGUCGCGAGGCUUCCCCCCCUCGUCGCCGUGACAGCCCCGUCUAUGGUGAGUACCAUGGCGACUCUCCCGGUCGCCGCGGCGGUGAUCCGCGUGGACCCGGCCCUGCCCCCCCCGGCCCCAAGUUCAUCGAAUGGGACUACUCGAUCGGACAGGGAAACAUGAAAGUCCUGAGUCGUACUUUGUUCGUCGGCGGUGUCACGUCCUCGGAGGCGCAUCUCCGUUCUCUUUUUGGCAAGUUUGGCCUGGUCCAGACCUGCAUCGUCAACAUUGACAAGCGUCAUGCUUUCAUUAAGAUGAUCAGCCGUCAGGACGCGAUCAGUGCUCGGGAAGGCAUGGAGUCCUACAAAUCCGGCGAUAUGCAACUCCGAACUCGCUGGGGAGUGGGAUUCGGUCCCCGGGAUUGCAGCGACUACCAGACGGGCAUCAGUGUGAUCCCUGUCGAACGACUCACCGAAGCGGACCGCAAAUGGAUGCUCACUGCGGAAUACGGCGGCACGGGUGGAAGGCCCAUUGAGACCGGCAUGGUUGUGGAGGAACCCGACAUUGAGAUUGGUGCGGGUGUCUCUUCCAAAGCCAUCAGCAGAAGGAUCGCUACCGACACGGGAGGUAAACGCGGCCCGGUGUCGUCUCGCACCCAGCAAGACCGAUUUCGUCGCCAGGACCGCGAAGGACCUCCCGCAGCAGGGAUGCCCAUGGGCGGUGGCUCGGCAGACCGGGACAUCCCCAGCGCCAAUAACGUCGGCGUCCCUCCUGCCGUGCCCGGCUUUGGCUUUUCCUUCCCCGGUAUGCCCAUGUUCCCCCCCGGGUUCAUGAUGGGAGGCGCACAAGCCGGAUCCUCGGGCGGCUCCGCAGCACCUCCUCCGGGCCAAGGAAACAACUGAGUUUUCCCUGCUCAAGCGUGAUCGAUACGAAAGUUGCUAUUGCAGCGGUGAUGAACAGUUGCUCGCCACCCUCUCAUUCUUCUC